AGGGACACCGCCCUUGUAAGAACACCGAUCUGGAUGGUCCCAUGUCUCGAAUUGGUAGUACGUCCAUUAUGUUUCUGCUCUUCAUCAUCAACCACUAGAAUAUGUCCUCUUUUCCUUUCAUCGACAGAAUUGUUAUCUUGCUUUUAUCCGAUUCGGUCGUCGAGAUAUUAUUAUUACCCGAGCAAGCAAAGCAUCUGUUAGGUCGGAUCAAGAUUUCUCUUUGGAAAUCGGGAAGGCGGUCGGUGAUGGGCAAAGAAAAGGUGAAAGAUGAUGAUCCACAGCUAUAAACACACGCACACCAUGCUUGCGAUCGCUCCAUAACCUUUCUUCUUAGGACCAGCGCCAACUGAGCAUCUUUGUCUUUCCCCAUCGUGUUCUUCUAGAUGUUCAUCGUCUCCGGAAGGGUUGGGUUGGUCUCGAACUAAUUAAAGGCAGCAAGAUCUGUUCGACAAGACCAUCUUCGAGGCAGGGCGCGCAUCUGAAUGAAUUAGUCUUGAACCGAUCACAUCGCAACUCCUACAGCUAGCUGGUCGUCGAGCUGGAGCACUUCAGAACAAGGAGCGAUGGUGAGGGCCAUAAGAUCAUGAUAAAUAGAUCGAGAGAAAAGGAGAAGGCGACCAGACAAGAAGGUGCCACGAGCGAUGGCAAAUUCCCGGUGAGCUCCAGACCAUGGCUGGGACUAAGGAACCCACGAAUCGUUCGCGUUUCUCGCGCGUUCGGAGGGAAAGACCGGCACAGCAAAGUCAGCACCAUCAGAGGAUUGAGGGAUAGGCGCGUGAGGCUCUCCGUCCCAACUGCCAUUCAACUCUAUGAUCUGCAAGAUAAGCUGGGAGUCGAUCAACCAAGCAAGGCCGUCGACUGGUUGCUUGCUGCUGCUCAACACGAGAUCGACAAGCUGCCUCCGCUUCCGUUUCCACCGGCAAGUUUCACACAACUCGGCCAAUCGUUUCCGAUCUCGACCGCUUUCUCCUAUCAUCAUCCAAUCACAUCCCAAGGCCUUGCGCUUACUCUUCACGACAAAGAUGUCAAGUGUGCAGAUGAAACCGGAGAUUGCCCCUUGGCAUUGUUUUCGUCGGCGGCUGAAAACGACGGAGUUCUUGGGAAUAAAGCAGCUGAGCUCGCCAAGUUUCCAGGUUUCAGUUUGAGUUCAAGCGUAAGAACAGAUGUUACGACGAGACAGGUUAUCGGAGAAGGCAAAAACGACGACAACGUCCGAAGUUAUUGUGCACAGGUUUCCGAAGCCUGUGAUAAUUCGUUGACAGGCUCGGGAAGUAAUUUGAUCCCACAUGCUUCCCACUACUAUCACUCGAAUCCGGCAAAUUCGAAUGCAUAUGAGCACCAGUUUGGAGGCAACUCAUCUUCGCCGCCAUCGGUUCCUGGAUCCCAACUGGUCUUUUAUGCCUCAGGAGGCACACCGCCGAUGUUUCCAACGUAUAUGACCCCUCCGAACGGCUCGAGUUCGAGGCAGUCGAUCCACAUUCCAUCUGCAGCUUCACAAGAUCUCCGAUCAAGUUGUGAAACAUUUCUUCGGUCCGGCAGCCAUGUAUCGGUGAGACCUUCUCAGCAAAGAUCAUCAUCCGGUGUUCACCGUCCUUUCGAUCGUCAUGAGAACUAGCUAAACGAAAAAGUCUUACGAGAAGAAAGAGAGAUGGAUGGAUCGAUCAGGCUUCUCGUGUAAAGCAUGCCGUUCCAAAAAACAGAAGAGCGAUACAUAUAAGAAUGCUUCAAAUGCGAACAUUUUCUACCGAGUGUUUGUGAUGAAUUCAACUCUUUGUCCA